UGCCAAUAAUGGGCAACAGAGGCCUAGAGCAGCGCGGGAAGAAAUCUAAAGCCAAAGAUUCGCCGCCGGUGCAGGUGGCUGCCCUGGAAGUGCAAAAUGUAAGAAAAGCGAUCAGCCGAUAUGGAACUUUGCCGAAGGGUGCAAGAAUUGGGGCCUAUUUGGAGUCGCUUCGACAGAGCGGCAUGUCAACGAACGAAGAAUCCGGAGCUGCCGCUCAAAUCGUCGCUCAAGUAUCCGGAGAUUCGGACUCGACUCCACGAUCACUGUCUCCCAGAACCAAUAUUAGGGCGCAGCCUCAAAUGAUCCGAAGCAACUCUUCAAGCGGAGUUACCGCCUUUCAUGGCACGCAUCCUCCCAGUUCUCCCACUUCCAAACUAUCUAGAAAUAGAAAUUUAGCUCGAAAUAAUACCGAUAAUAUUCGAUCGAGUCUACGCACCUUCAAAGGGCCGCAAAGUUCGUUCCGAGGGGGCAGCCCUUCACGGUCGGUGCCGCCCCCCACGUUGGCCGAUUUGGAAUUUCCACCGCCUCCAACUGAUUUGCCGCCUCCCCCAGAAGAAUUCGAUAAUACCAGUUCGAUCGACAUGGUGGAUUGCAGCACGGCCAUCAUGUGCUCUUCGACUGAAAUAAAGAAGAAAAUAGUCCCGAUGUCCCCCAUGCUACCCAGCAAGAAAGUGCAUCGGGAGGUUUUAAUUAGGUAA